AUGUUCAAGUACACACAUUUAGACCGACGACGACAGCAACCACAUACAUUUCAACAGAAUGUUCGAAUAGCCAUACAAGCACUUGGACUCACUGUUACUACUUCUCAUCCAACUAUUGUUUCAGCAUCUACUGGCAAGUAGGGGUGGACCAUUUCCGUUAAUUUGAAAUUAACGUAAACAGUAACCCGUUAACCGUUAAUAUUAACGUUAACGGUUGAUGUUAACGUUAAUAUUAACGGUUAACGGGUUCCGUUAAUUAACGGCCGCUAAUUAAGUAGAAUUAAAUUAAAUGGUCCACCCCUACUGGCAAGCAACGUUGUCAUCUUUGCCCAAGAGAACGUGAUCGAAAGGUUAAUACUCAUUGUUCAAGUUGUAAUGCUCCUUGUUGUCCAGAUCAUCAUACAGUUAUUUGUACUAUGUGUAACGAAACACUAUCAGGAUAAGUGCGGAC